CCACUAGGAACCCAAGGGAAAAAUAAUAAUAAUGUAUACAAAGAGAUGAAAGGAACUACAAUUAGGUCACCGAUAUCUGGACUGAUUGCAGAAACUGGUAGUCAUCAUCCUACCUAUGUAUAAACCAAAAAUUUGAAUUCGCUAUGUAGACGAUACUUUUGUCACCAUUAAAAAAGUCAUUUAGAAAACUCUCUGAUCAACAAUGUUUUCAAUGGCAUCAAAUUCACAUUCGAGAAGGAGUCAAACAAACAAACUACCAUUCCUGGAUGUCUUAGUCAAAGGUCAAAUAACGGAAAGCUGGAAACCCAAGUGUACUGGAAGCCAAGACACACUGAUCGAAUCCUCAACUACAGUAGCAACGACUCAACAACGCACAAAAUUAGUUGCCUGCAGACUACUGAAAAGAGCGAGAACACAAUGCAGUAUAAUGUCACGGAAAAACGAAGAAAACUACAUGAUGUCUAUUCUAAAGAAGAACGGCUACUCGCGAAACUUUAUCAGAAAAUGCCUAUCCCGUACAUCAUCAACUACAAAGUCAUCGACAGAAAUCAACAAAUGCAUCGUCUUACUAUCCAUAAAGAAUGUAUCAGAGAUCGCGACAAGAUUACCGAGACCACUUGGUGGAAUUGGUGUGGCUCUUAAAGGUUCACAACCGUGUCAACUGAUUUACCUCUAAUCCCUAAAACUCUGUACCUGACUUCUGCGUUACUCAUGUGGUGACACCAUGGAAUACGGCCUGUACUGCGAAGGCAACGGUGGUCAAACACUUGAAACCUCAUGUCCACCUUCAAUGGCCAUGUUUCACAGCCA